CCGAUCGUCAUCGAUUAUUAAACUAUAUAAUGGAGCACGGUCGAAAGUAUACCGUGCGGCAUCGUGUUCGCCCAAAUCAGACGCAAGGAAUACGACCGAGGACGAAGCCGUACCGGGCUUCUUCUCCUGCCCUUCCCACGAGACAAACGAGCGAAUUGAACCGUCGCCAUCGUCCUCUUCUUCUUCCCACGUUCCCUGGGCACAACCACGGCGGUCGAGGUUUCGUGCGGUUGGCGGUGCAGGCUCUUGGAUCCGGGAGUGGCGAGAUCGAUUUGAGGCGACGUCUUAGAAGACUAGAGGGCUUAAAAAAAAAAAAAAAAAAAUCUGAUUUUGCUGUCGGAUCUGGAGGAAUCGUCUCUGGAAGAAUGGAGGAGGAGCACAGUUCGUGGGUGCUGAGGUCGACGUUUGGCCACAUCACGCACCACGCCCGUACGAGAUCGGUCUCCGAACGGGAACUUCUGGCCGAGUUGUCUAAGGAACCGGGUGAUGCUCUGAGUUUUCAUUCUAAUAGGUUUCCUCCCUGUGAGCUCCCGUCAAAGAUCUCGAUCGAGCAAUUACAGACACAGAACUCCAGAAAGAGCUUGAAUUUUCGACGCGGUGAUCCAUUGGAUGGGAAGAGGCCGAGCAGCCUCAGUGCCGAUAACUCUGAUUUCUCCUUCUAUCCUGAAGGAAUUCCCGCCUUGAUAUCAGAUGGAUCGAUAUCUGCUGAAAUUACUAGUUCAAGGUUUCCACUUUACGAUUUUAAAGCAGAAGGAAGGAGCUCUAAAGUAGUUGCUGCUUCUUCUAGUAGGGUGAAGUUAGAUGCCAAACAACAUUGCGAGCAACAUUCAAAACCUAAGGAAAGGUCAAUAUCGCCUCUUCCCACCACCAAUCUUUCCGAGGCCUUUAAGGAAGCUCGUUUGGUCAAGAAGAGGUCUUCAACCCCGCCACCUUCCAAGAAGAAGAAUGAUAAAGCCCGUGGAAAUCAUGAGGUUUUUUGGAGAAAAGCUUUGGAGAAGAGUCAUCAUGCACAUUCAUCUUCCUUCAAGACUCUUGAUAAGUCUGGGGCUCGGAAGGAAUCUUCAUGGGCAGGUUGCUUUGAUCAUGGAGGAGGGAGGGUUGCUGCCUUGGAGAUGACAGAAAAGUGGAAUGUCGAUCUUUGCGAAUUAUAUUUUGGGCUUAAGUUUGCUUCCGGUGCUCAUAGCAGAUUGUACCAUGGUAUCUAUAAGGGUCAACCUGUUGCUAUUAAGAUUAUUAGGCAACCUGAUGAUGACGAUAAUGGAUUGUUGGCUGCUCGACUUGAGAAGCAGUUCACUAGGGAAGUUUCAAUGCUGUCACAUCUCUACCACCGCAAUGUGAUCAAGCUCACAGGGGCAUGUAAACAACCACAGGCCUUUUGCAUUAUCACUGAGUAUCUUCCUGGAGGCUCUUUAAGAGCUUUUAUGCACAAACUUGAGCACAAAUCUCUUGCUUUAGAAAAACUAAUUUCAAUGGCUUUAGAAAUUGCACGAGGAAUGGAGUACAUCCAUUCCCAAGGAGUUAUCCACCGUGACUUGAAACCUGAAAACAUUAUUUUUGAUCAAGAUUUCUGCAUAAAGAUUGUUGAUUUUGGAAUUGCAUGCGAGGAAGCAUAUUGUGAUGCAUUAACAGAGGAUGAUGGUACUUAUCGUUGGAUGGCACCAGAGAUGAUCAAGCAUAAACCAUAUGGGCGGAAAGUUGAUGUAUACAGCUUUGGAUUGCUCUUAUGGGAAAUGACAGCAGGGAAAAUUCCAUAUGAGGAAAUGACACCAAUCCAAGCGGCUUUUGCAGUGGUUGAUAAGAACUUGCGGCCACCCAUUCCUACUGAUUGUCCUCGACCUCUGCAAGCCCUGAUAGAGCAAUGUUGGUCAAUACUUCCAGAGAAGAGACCUGAAUUUUGGCAAAUUGUCAAGGUUCUGGAGCAGUUCGAGGCUACUCUAUCCCAAGAUGGAACUCUAAAUAAGCUUCAGAACCUAAGCUGCCAGGAUCAUAAAAAACAAUUAAUCCAUUGGAUGCAAAAGCUCAAAACUCACUCGCACUCGGAUAGCUCAGGUGCUUCCAUGCCCAAACUUAUGUAACUCAUGUUCACGUUUGUGAAUUAUGAUGUGUAUCAUCAAUAGCUUGCUGACAGAAAGCCAAGAAUGUUCUUAAUGUUUUUUUUUUUAUAUAUUGAAAAUUUUUUGUGUCGUACAAGGAGCUUGCAUGCAUCCUUGUGCAUGAUUAUAAGUAUAUAAAAACGAUGAUCAUUAGAUGUAUUGUAGUACCAGACAGCAUGAUUCUUGCAGGUUCAUUUUGAUUCCUUUCUUCUAA